AGAAAAUUAUGAAAAUGUAGUUGUGAAAUCCAAAAACUAAUUAGUUUUCCUUGUAUGAAAUAUGUCACAGCUUUCGACCAUCAUGAUUAUUCUCUUGUUGGAUGUGUUUGGGUUCGGAGCCAUGCUUCUUUUAACUCUCUUCCUAACAAAAGGAUCCAAACGUCUUUCCGUGAUUGGAUGGAUUUCUCUCGUUUUCAAUAUAAGCGUAUUCGCUGCUCCUCUCGGGAUUAUGAAACGUGUGAUAAAGACGAAAAGUGUGGAAUUCAUGCCUUUAAGUUUGUCCUUCUUUUUGACCUUAAAUGCUAUCAUGUGGUUCUUCUAUGGCCUUCUCCUCAACGACUACUACAUCGCUCUCCCAAAUACACUAGGUUUUCUAUUCGGCAUAAUUCAGAUGGUGCUGUAUUUGAUUUAUAGAAACGCCAAGAGAAAUAAGCUAAUGAAAUUGCAAGAACCAAACAGUCAUGAGAUUAUUGAGAUUGGGGAGAUAAGCAGAAUGGAACCGUCUGAGCUGAAUCAUAUAAGCAGUGGUGCUGUGACUGAGAUUGCUACUGAGGAUCCAAAUAGAAGAGAAGAAGGAAAUGGAAACCCUAAGAACAUAAUGGAUUCCCAUAGCAAUAUGUGAUAAGUGACCAAACAAGUCCAAAGAGAAAAUAAAAAUUGAGGUCCAUAAAUAUUUAACCUAAAAGUAUAAUAAACAUUCUAUAUGGUCAAGUGGGUCAUUUCUCAACGCAAGAACAAUGUUUUGGAGUUUAUAGGGUUCUUCUUUUGGCCAUAGAUGAAUUUGUGUGUAGCUGCAGUAUGGUCUUACAUCAUUUUC